AUGAGGCGGCUAGCAUCCCUAGAAAUUCAGAUCCACGGAACUAAUGGAAUAUAUGUUAACAUGAACACUGAAGAUGAUUAUCAAUCUUAUACUAGGCAUGAGAUCCAGUUGAAGUCAGGUAUUGCCAUAGAAGAUACUAAUUUGGUUGAUAGGAAUAUGAUCCAGACAUUCUCUUUAAGGGGAAAAAAUGGAGACACAACAACUGAAUCAGUACCUGUAUCCUCUGGUAUGCAUGAUAUCGUAGCUAGUAUUCCACAAACAUUGCAUGCUAUUGUGCACCCUAAUAACAAAAGCUCUCAUCCUACCUCUACACAAACAAGUACUACUGGAGAUAGGAAUGUUUUGGUAAUUGCUCAUGUAAUGUCUUUGCAUGCUAUUGUAGCUACUACACUAGAAGACUUCCAAGAUUAUGGACAAAUUGGAGAUACAACGAUUGCAUUGGUGCACCCUUCACAUGGAAUGCAUGGUACUAUAGCCAAUAUAACACAAGUAAAGCAAGUUAUUGUACUCGAACAUGCCAACAACUUGCAUACUACUGCUAAGCAAACAGAUGAUAACUAG